AUGUUCACAUCUAUAAUAGAUCUUAUAGAUAUAAUCAAUUAUAUUGGUGGCAGUAAAAUACCGUUGAUUGAAGGUACAGAAAUUCUUAAAUGCAAUCAUAUAAUUGAAUUUGGCAUUAAAGAACAAUCUGAAAAUAAAGUUGUGUUCAUAGCAUUAUGCCUACAAACAUCAAACUUAAAUGGGCAUCCUCAUGAAAUUAUUAUAUCAAAAACAAAUCUAGACUUUAAUACUACUAUAAAUGGUUCAUGUAGUUGUAAAGCUGGCACUGGCAAGUGCAAACAUGUUGUAGGCUUUUUGCUUAAACUUCAAAAGUAA